UUUUUUUUCUUUUCUGACAGCCACAGGGGAUGACAACAACUACUGCCAAAAUGACAGAGAAUGGUGCACAAUUGUUUGCUAGGUUGGAGGGGAGACGGUCAUUGAGGGACAUUGAACCUCACAUCUUUCCUGACGGUGCUGGACCUAUUCAAGGUGACGUAGUGGAGUUCCAUGGCACCGAGGGAAGUGGGAAGACGGAGACCAUGUACCAUCUGGUGACCCACUGCAUCCUCCCAGCCGACCGGGGGGGCCUGGAGGUGGAAGUCAUGUACGUGGACACCGACUACCACUUUGACAUGCUGAGGCUGGUGACAGUACUGGAGCAGCGCCUGGGGGAGGAUGCAAAAGGAGAGGAUGGUGGGGCGGCAGUAGAGCCUGAGGAGAGGGUGCGAGCCUGCCUAGGCCGACUCUUCGUAGUUCACUGCUCCAGCUCGGUCCAACUGCUUCUCACACUGCACUAUCUGGAGAAUACCUUCUGCAGCCGGCCCGCUCUGUGCCUAUUGGUCAUCGACAGUAUCUCAGCCUUCUAUUGGGUGGACCGGAGCGGGGGAGGGGAGAGCGUGGCCAAGCAGGAAGCCAACCUCAGGAAGUGUUCAGAGCUCCUGGACCGGCUGCUGAGGGACUACCGUAUAGUGGUGUUCGCCACCACGCACGCCAUCAUGAGGAACUAUGGGCACUCGGCUCAGGCUGAGGUGGCGGCCAUGACACCUGGACCUUCUGAGCCUUCCUCAUCGUCUUCCUCCUGGAGACGGUGGUCCUCCUCUCAUGCCUCAAACUUUGACAAGGCCUACCUCAGCAGGGCCUGGCAGAGGCUAGUGACACACAGGGUGCUGUUCUCCAAAGGAGAGGUGACCAAGGACAGAAAGCAGGUGUUUUCAGCUGCAUGCACCACCACAAGGACAAGAGGCGCUAAAUGCUCCUCUUUCUGUGUUAUGGAAGGGGGUGUUCAGUUUUUAUGAAGAUGUUGUUGAACCCAGAUGAUUGAAUUCUAUUCUGAUUCUGGAUGUGUUCAACUGAUAGAAGAUCCAAUUGAAGCUACAGCAACUUUUAGUGAUUUUAUUUCUUACAUUUGUUAGAUUAUUAUGUUGGAUGUUUGUGUCACUUGUAAAAAUAUAAGAAAUUAAAAAGAAGUAAGAUAGGGCAACUGUUACAGAGGUCGCAAAUGUUUUGAAAAGAAAUCACACCAAUAAAGUAUUGAGAAAACCAGCUGCUUCUGGUCUGGUCCGGAAUUUCCACAGUAUGCCAAUGGGAAUUCUAAGGUUAGUAUACGAUUAGGCCUGCUGCCAUAGCAAUAACACAAGUAUCUUUAUUUCUGCUAUUUCAUUUCAUUUGAAUAUGAGGGGGGAAAUAUGUUGAGUUUCUUCUUCAUGUUGAGCAUAAAAAAUACAAUUUGAUUGAAUAAACACUAAGUAUAAGUAAGGUACUGUAUAAGUGACUGGUCUUUUGAUUUUAAAUGUCUUCCUAAUAGCUUUUAGGACUUCAUGUCUCAUGGAUUUGACAUUUUCUCUCCUUCACUAUAAGUCUAUUCAUUUUACAGAAAUAUUUGCAUUGUUCCUUGAGCAGUAAUGUCUUUAUUCAUUGAAGCACUGAAGAUUUAAGUUGUAUCGUUCAAGUGGUUAAAUAUGCUUUACUCUGUAGAGAUAGCUGUAGGUGAAAUAUUCUCAUGAAAGCCUAAAGGCCUGAAAUAUGUCAUGUAUUGUUAUAUCAGUCUCUGCAAGGUAAAUCCCACAGAAAUUAAACAUACAGUGCCUUCAGAAAGUA